AUUAGAGAAAGAGAGAGAGAGAAUGAUUGUAGUAGUGUUAAUUCUUUCUAUCUAAUCAUAGAAAAAUAAAGAGAGAAAGAGAAUAGAUACACAUUUAGAUAGAGAGAGGGAAAGAGAUAGAUACACAUUUAGAUAGAGAGAGAGAGAGAUAGAAACACAGUUACAUAGAGGAAGAGAGAAGUGAAGGAUUGGUGUGUAAAUUACAACUGCCCACACCAUGGCUGCCACAUUACGUCCCUAUUUAAAUGCUGUGAAACACACUCUUACAGCAGCAAUGUGUUUGCAGAACUUUGAAUCACAAGUUGUAGAACGACACAAUAAACCAGAAGUUGAAGUUAAAACCAGCAAAGAAUUGUUGCUAACCCCUGUUGUAAUCAGUCGAAAUGAAAAAGAAAAAGUAUUGAUUGAAGGUUCUAUUAAUUCAUUGAGGAUAAGUAUAGCAGUAAAACAGGCUGAUGAAAUUGAGAAAAUUUUAUGUCACAAAUUCAUGAGAUUUAUGAUGAUGAGAGCCGAAAAUUUUAUUAUUUUACGAAGAAAACCAGUGGAGGGUUAUGACAUCAGCUUCCUAAUCACCAAUUUCCAUACAGAGCAGAUGUACAAACAUAAACUGGUUGACUUCAUCAUUCAGUUUAUGGAGGAGAUUGAUAAAGAAAUCAGUGAAAUGAAAUUAGCAGUCAAUUCUAGAGCUCGACUGAGUGCUGAAGAAUUCUUAAAGAGAUUUUAGCUAACUCUAUGAGCUACAGCAGAUCGAUAUGUAUUCUGGCAAUACUGCAAUAUAAUUAAUAUUUUCUAAAAGAAAAGAGAAACACUUAAACAGAGAAGGAAAAGAAAAGAAAGCUAUCCAACUUGACAUAUGUCUUGUAAUAUAUAACAAAUUUUAUAACCCAUUUCUCAGAGAAUUCAGUUGUAUAAAUUCUGCAUGUUGUUGGAAGGUAACUAGAGUCAUUGCAAAUAAAUUCUUACUAACAUAAAUUAUCA